AUGAUCAGGUGUGCCGGCAGCAGUGGAGCAAAUGAGUAUAAAUACCAGCACCUUUUCCCUCAGUCAACCAUCACAAAGGAGCUGACAAGAGUCAACGAGAGAGUCAAAGGAUCUGACCACCUUAAACCACUCAAACCUCCUGAAGAUGAAGACGUUCAGUUAGUUGCAGUGGCCGUUGCACUCAUCUGUAUUUGCAUUCAGCAGAGCUCUGCCACAUUUGCUGAGAUACGAGAACUGCAAGAGCUACAAGAGGCUGUGAACAAUGACAGUCCAGCUGCUGAACAUCAGGAGGUAUCAGCUGACUCAUGGCUGAUGCCGUACCACAUACAGAAGCAUGGCAUCAAGUGUCGCUUUUGCUGCGGCUGCUGCAAUUCUGGUGUCUGUGGAUUGUGCUGCAGAUUCUGAGAAUAUCUACCUGCGAUUCUCACAUUAACCACUAAAUAUAGACGGUUAUACCUGAAAUGAUUUGACUGCUUAGCAUUUGUUAAAGUCUGACAGUGUUUCUUCAUCUGGUGAUCCUGCUGUAACAGUGAACAGUGCAGCAUUUGGAACUAUAGUAUGUUAUUAUAUUAAACUUCAGUGGCACUAUACUACAACAUGUGCUGUUUGUUUCUGUUUCUGUCUGACAAGAAUGAAACUUUAAUGGAAACCAGUGACAUGAAGCUCCUGAUGUACAGUUUUUGUGCUGAUGCCAGUUAAGAGUUGUGGCCUCAUACUCUUGCCCAUAUAAUAUGUGGUACAACCUGUUAAUAGAGCCAAGUCAUUGAUAGCAAAAGUAAGGUGAGCAUAUUUUCCCAUAUUUGUAAUUAUAUGAGUACAGAGCAUUUCAUCAUCAUUCAAUAUUACCACUAAUUAUGACAAAAAUGCAGUAAUGUGCAAAAGCUUUGAGCUGAUGGACUGGUUCAUUGGUCAUUUUAAAGUUAAACCAAGCAUACUUUUU